UAUAAAUUAACAGAAUGCAAACAAGAAAUUGAUCAGUAAAUGACUUUAGUUAGAGAAAGAAGGCAUCAGCAACCUCUAAGGCUAUCCUUACCACCUCCGUUACCAGCUUCCGAUCAUGACGGCCGUCAUCAGACCCACCACGCGCCACCUACGGAAAUUAUCAGUCCGGACUCUCCAGGCAUUGAUAACCUCGAAAAAAUGGCAGUUCUAGGCCGUGGUAACAGUGGCACGGUUUAUAAAGUACGGCAUAAGCCUACCGACACCAUCUUGGCUUUGAAAAUCCUCCGAUUUGAUGAUAACGCUGCCGCUAUACGCCGGCAGGCAGCAAGAGAGGCGGAGAUUCUAAAACGGGUGGAUUCACCGUAUAUUGUUCGAUGCUACGCGGUUUUUAAUAGUGAUCGUGAGGAUGAUCUGUGCUUUGCAAUGGAACACAUGGAGAAAGGAUCAUUGAAUGAUGUAUUACUUGCAAGACAAGUCAUGACGGAACAAGUUAUUUCUCGAGUGGCAUGGUGUGUGUUAAAUGGCUUGAAGUAUCUACACAGAAUGCAGAUUGUUCAUGGGGACAUAAAACCAUCUAAUUUGCUGAUUAAUGCUAAAGGUGAUGUGAAAAUUGCAGAUUUUGGAGUGAGUAGGGUUAAUAAUGAUGAAUAUGACACAAAUAUGGGUACAUGUGCGUAUAUGAGCCCCGAGAGGUUUGAUUCGGACGGGAAGAAUGCCGAUGGGUACUCGGCGGAUGUUUGGUCACUGGGGGUGGUGGUUCUUGAGUGCCUUGUAGGUCAUUAUCCGUUGAUUGGUGUCGGAGAGAAACCGGAUUGGGCAGCAUUAGUGUGUGCAAUAUGCUUUGGAGAGAGGCUGGAGUUUCCGGAGAAUGCGUCGCCUGAGUUUCAGAGUUUUGUAACCAGAUGCCUAGAAAAAGAUUGGACCAAAAGAGGGACUGUUGAUGAACUUCUUCAUCACCCAUUUGUAGACAAGACAUUUUGUGAACUUGAUGUGCAUUCUUGAAUUUCUAUUUUGAGUCGAAAAUUAUGAUAGUUAUAGUGGAUUGGUUUGAGUUACAACUAAGGCAACCGAUCUCUCUUCUUUUGGUAGAAAAUUGAGCCGGUUAGAAUGGUAAAGGUAUUCUAUCACGAAAUAACGAUCGACACGUGUAAUAGGUCAGUUACUAUUAUCUCCAUUUAGGUCCAAAGUCCAAACUACUAUGUUUUUCCUUUCAAUUUUACUUUAAUAUUUCAUACAAGGGGAAAUUUAGAUUUAAAAAAAAAAAAAAAAACUAGAAUGCAAGGAGAGAUAUAGUGAUUUUCAAAAUUCAUAGAAUCUAAUAUGUUCCUCAGUACUAACUACAAAUGGAGUGGAUUAAUGGCUUUGGCAAUAGUACCGCCUACAGGCUACCACCAACUAACCUGGAAUAUCAAAGAGCUCCAAAGAAAUGUUGCUACUUCUGAACAUGAAAUUAGAAAGAAUCUCAAAGAGCUUUUUAUAGCUUAAAGAAAAAACAGUUCACAAAAAUCCGUCAUGAAUAAUGGAUUUGACUCCAACUCGAUCAGAAAUGGGAAUAAUAUAGAGAGAGGACUGACUUAGAGGCUGCAGAAUCAGAUGAAAGCAUGAAUACAUUUGUUCAAUCGAGUCGAAACAAAGUCAUCAAUUCAUGCAUUGCUGCUGGUAUAUGUAAACACUUCCUGGUUAGAUAUGAAAACAUGUGAAAUUUCAGUAUUAUAUCCUAUCAGCUU